AUGGCCCUUGGCCAUCUCAAGACGUUUGGCGACUUUGUCAAACGCAACAAGCCGGGCGCUCAUCCAGAUAUGGCUAUAGUGGCAAUGAAUCGAGCUCUGAACCGCCCGCCGCUCAUGUUCAUGGAUCUACGACCCAUCAAUGAGCCUAUGGUGGUUGUUGGCGACUAUGAAAUUGCCGAUCAGAUAACCAAGGCGUCGAAGAUAUUCCCAACGAGCCCUCCGAAGUCGGCCGCUUCGUUACAGCGGUUAUUGUUUGUGACAGGCGCGACUUCUAUAUUUUCUUCACACGGCGAUGAAUGGAAGGCACUUCGCAAAAGAUUUAACACUGGGUUCUCACCCCAGUAUCUGUCGACAUUUGUGCCUGAGAUUCUGGACAAAGGGAUGAUCUUUCUCGAACAUCUAGAUGAACUUUGUGCGAGUCAAGAUGCCUUUCCACUGAUCAACCUGACUACGCGUCUGACAUUCGACAUAAUUGGAAAGGUCGUCAUGGAAGCUGACCUCGAUGCAUUGUCUUCCGGUGAUUCCAAUACCGGCCCGCUGGUAGACUUGUUCGAGACACUUCUGGACGCAUACAACGGCGACCGCCUUAACCUGCCAUGGUGGCUAACCAUAAGCAAAGUCAAGAAGCGGGCGGCACUGUCAGAGCGUAUGACGAAUAUACUGCGCGCCAUUGUGCGUAGCAAACAUGCCGAGCUCCACGAAACGGCAAAGGGCACUGCCAACGCGCGAAGUGUUCUUUCACUUGCCCUACAAGACGUCAAAACUCUAACAGACAGCAUCAUGGAUGAAACGUGCGAUCAGCUCCGUACAUUCCUUUUUGCAGGACAUGAUACUACAAGUAUUCUACUUUCGUGGGCAUUUUACGAGCUCUCACGUACCCCUCAUGCCAUGCGCGCGGUGCGGGCCGAGCUGGAUGGCCUCCUUGGCACUGAUACUAGCCCUGCCACCAUACGUACUCGACUACUUGGGCGUUCAGAUCUGGCCCAGCAGAUGCCAUACAUCUCAGCGGUCAUUAAGGAGACCCUGCGCCUUCACCCCCCUGGCGGCACUGCGCGGGUCAUUCCGGCCGGCUCUGGGUUCUUUGUCCGUAUGCCAAGCGGUGAACAGCAAUGUCUGGACGGUUUAUUGGUUUAUAACUGCCAAAGUAUCAUACACAGAGACCCCCGAGCCUUUGGAGAUACGGCCGACGAUUUUGUGCCUGAACGCUGGUUGGCUGAUAAAGAGCCAAUUCCAGCCGGCGCUUGGCGGCCAUUCGAACGCGGACCGCGAAAUUGUAUUGGCAUGGAAUUGGCCAACAUUGAGGCGCGAAUCAUCAUUGCGUUGACGGUCCGUCGAUACGACUUCACCAAGGUGGGCUUGGGAGAGUUCGCCUUGAAUGAGAACGGCCAGCCGAGCUUGAACGAGAAGACGGGCCAGUACAAAGUGACGGAGGAACUGUAUUCGGUAACUUCAAAGCCAGCUGAUGGUAUGCUGAUGAGGGUUAAAUUGGCAGAGUAG